AUGAACCUGCUGAGUGCUCCGCAACGCAUAGGGAGCCCGAGAGGUUCGACGGCUGAAGCCAACAGAGGAGAAGCAGAUUUUGCCGAAUUAUUCGGCAGCCAUGAACCUGCUGAGUGCUCCGCAAAGGGAACCCGAGAGGUCCGACGACCCAAGCAAAGAAGAAGAGAAAAGAAAAAGAAAAAGGGAUACGAUGAGAUAGAAGAAUGUUCAGAAGAUGAAGAAGCUAGAUACAGAAAUGCAAAUCCAAGAUCUUUACCAUCUUCACCAAGAAGAGGAACAAUGAUGGAAGAACUAGAGCUAUUAGUUUUAGGGAUGAAGACGCGUAAUACAGAAAAGUCAGAAGGAGAAAGUGUACCAUUUAUUAAAAAAGAAUUAAAUGAACCUUUAUUUUAUGAACAUACAUUUCAGGCAGAAAUACAUAAUAAUCCACUAGAAGAAACAGAUAAAACUGAUUACACAGAAAAUUUAUUUAAUAACAGCACAGAAAAUAAUAUACAACAAAACUCAACACUAGAGUCAGAAAUUUCAAAUUACGAAGAUGCAGAAAGUUAUGAUGAAUUAAAUUCACAAAAUCAUAAUAAUUCAAAUUCACGAAUAGAAAUACCACCAAAACUUUUACAAAUUCUUGAUAACUUAACAGGAAACAAUAGUAAAAUUAAUCAAGGAGAAGUUCAAGAAAAUUUGAUGCCAGAAAGCGAAAAUGAAGAAAAAAAUUGUCCAAAGAACCAAAUUUUCAUUGACGACUACAUUGAAGAAAAAGAUAUUGAAGAGGACAAUGAAGAAAAAUUUGACGAAGACGAAGACAAUGACAGUGAAGACAUAGACGAAUUAUUACAAUGA